GUUUCCCCGCCACGAAUUACCGGAGAAUCUCAGCACGGUUUGAAAGUUCCGCGCGCAAAGCGAAAAGGGCAUUUCGGCUGCGAUCGAGAUGUCGGUGUUAAGGCCUCUGGACAAGCUGCCCGGCCUAAACACGGCCACCGUCUUGCUGGUGGGCUCGGAGGAUGCUCUCCUGCAACAGCUGGCGGACUCGAUGCUCAAAGAGGACUGCGCGUCUGAGCUAAGGGUUCACUUGGCAAAGGCCCUCCCUUUACCCUCCAAUGUGAAUCGGCCUCGAAUCGACCUGAUUGUGUUUGUGAUUAACCUUCAUAGCAAAUACAGUCUGCAGCACGUGGAGGAGUCGCUGCACCACGUGGACGCCAGCUUCUUCCUGGGGAGGGUGUGCUUCCUCGGCACUGGUGCUGGGCAGGAGCACCACUGCAUCCUUCACCGGAACACGGUCCUGAAGCUGGCCCACACCUACCGCAGCCCCCUGUUCUUCUGUGACCUGGAGGUGAGGACACUUUCCACAGUGGCCAGCGUUACACUUGGUUGCGGGGAAGGGGCUGUCAGGACUGCUUAUUGCAGGAUCAAGUACCAGGUGGAAGACUUUCGAGCCACCAUGGCGCAGCGUCUGGUGCGCAUGCUGCUGAUCUGUGCUGGCCACGUACGUGGUGUCUCAGCCCUGAAUCUGCUGUCUCUGCUGAGGACCUCUGAGACCCCUCCACCAGAGGAGCUGUGACGGCCACUGGCCCCUGCUGUCCCUCCCCGCUUUGGGCUCCGUUAGCUGUCACUGUUGGUGAAGACACAGGCUGGGUUGGGCUCCCCAUGCCCCAGCAGGGCACCGGGCAGGAUGGGGAGGAAGCCCAGCUGCUGGGACUCCAGCCCCUCCAACGCCCACGCUCAUCCUCUGAGGAGGUACAUCUCCACUUAAGAUUUCACUGGAACAAAGGGCCCUUGGCUAAAAAAAGUUUGAAGAUCACUGGUCUCAUCCACCACUUUGACUUUGCAAAUGAGGAAAACUGACUCAGAACAAUGAAGACAUGAUGUGGGAGGAUAGCUUGGACGGCACAUCCUGUGGCCUGCUACUCUUAUGGAGCUUGGUUGUUGCUUCUGGGAGCCUCAGUUUCCCCAGCUAUAUAUGGAGAUGUUUGUGAAGGGGAGGUGCCUGAGACUGGGCCACACCCAUACUUGUUGGCUUGAUAGACCUCCUGAGACCUGGUGCUCUGCACAGGCCAGGCAAGGGCUCAGUGAGCAGUCCCUGUUAUUUGAAAUCACACAACUGAAUUUAAAAAUUGGUGCAAGGGGCUGGGGUUGUAGCUCAGUGCCUAAUACACAUGAGGCACUGGGUUCCAUCCUCAGUGCCACAUAAAAAUAAAUAAAUAAAAUAAAGUAUUGUGUCCAUCUACAACUAAAAAAGAAGGUUCAAAUUUGCAAAUUGAGAAUUUGCCCCUGGGGCUGGGGAUGUGGCUCAAGCGGUAGCGCGCUCGCCUGGCAUGCGUGUGGCCUGGGUUCGAUCCUCAGCACCAUGUACAAACAAAGAUGUUGUGUCCGCUGAAAACCAAAAAAUA